AUUGGAUUCUUUUUCAUGGUCUGAACUUUUAAUGAGUAUACAAUCUAGAAGAAAUACUAGUCCUGGUUUAGAUGAUUUUCCAUAUUUAUUAAUAAAACAUCUAUCUGAAUCUGUACAAAAGCUAUUUUUGAAUGUUCUUAAUAAUCUAUGGCAUAAAAAACUCAUACCAAGUUCAUGGCAAACUCAAUGUGUAAUACCUAUAUUAAAACCAGAUAAGUCACCUGAACAGAUCAGUUCUUAUCGUCCAAUCUCGUUAUCAUCAUGUAUUGGAAAAAUAUUUGAAAAUAUGGUGAAAUCUCGACUUGACUGGUAUGCAGAAUCCAAUAAUGUCAUUCCACACAUUCAAUAUGGAUUUCGCAGAGGAAGAAGUUGUGUCGAUAGCUUCAUUUCUCUCAUAUCGGAUCUGAAAAAUGCAAAAAACAAUAAAUUACACACAGUUUGUGUAUUUCUAGAUGUGCAAGGUGCAUUUGACAGUGUGGAUCCUGGCAUACUGGUGAAGGUACUCAGUAAUUCUGGUAUACCUGGACAAUUAUGUAAAUGGAUUUAUGAUUUCCUUAAUAACAGAAUACUAUAUGUUAGGCAUAACAAUAUCUUAUAUGGACCUAGAACUGCAUCAAAAGGUACUAUACAAGGUGCCACAUUAUCACCCUUGUUGUAUAAUUUGUAUACUUGUGAGAUAUGUAAAUAUGUUAAUAUUAAAAAUGUAAAUAUACUUCAAUUUGCAGAUGAUUUAGUGUUGUAUAGUUCAGAUGUAAAUUUAACAGUAGCCAUUGAAAAUGUUAACACUGCCUUAAGACAGUUAAAUAAUUAUUAUCAACACACAUUAAAAUUGAAAAUAAAUGCUGGCAAAAGUAAUUUAAUGCUAUUUGGAAAGGACACACCAGUAGUGGAUGUUGUCUAUAAUGGUGAUGUCAUUCAAAGAGUCACCUCACACAAAUUUUUAGGUAUUAUCAUUGACCAGAAAUUGUCAUUUGAAGAACAUAUUAAAUAUGUAUCUAGAAAUGCAUUAAAUGGUGUUAACAUUUUAAGAUGUCUAGCAGGUGUUACAUGGGGUGCAGAUCCCAAAAUACUUUCAUUAUUAUAUAAAUCUAUUAACAGAGCUUUGAGGAUCAUAUCAGGAGCAAUGUGUUCGACUCCCAUAAGGGCCAUGGAAGUCGAAACAAAUAUUAUGCCAUUGAUAUUGAGACGACUUAUGCUUGCAGAAAGAUACUGCCUGAAACUAUUAUCAUCAAAUAAUAUCCAAAUUAUAAAUAGGAUAAUACCUCACCCAAUCAAUAUAGAUGGUCCACUCACUUCACCAAAUGAUCUCCUGAGAGGUACAUCUCCAACUCUGUGCCAGAUCUUCUUAGAAAUACAAUCUCAUUAUUCGAACAUCAAAAAACUUUCACACUGGUCGUGUUACACUCAUUCAUACAGUUGUAUCACUCAUCCUAUUACGAUUUUAUCAAAUUCAAUCGAAAAUAAUUCAGAUUUACUGGCUUUUAUAGAAGAAAAUAACAAGUAUUAUACAAUCUACACUGAUGGCAGUAAAGGCAAUGAUUUUGUGAGAAGUGCGGUAUAUGAUUCCCAAAAAGAUGUUGCUCAAAGCUUUGCUCUCGAUAAAAAGUGCUCCAUAUUUACAGCAGAGGCAUAUGCAGUUUUUGCCGCUUUAAAAUCUAUAAUUUCUAUAAAUAAUUGUAAAUAUUUUCUAAUUUUGACAGACUCUUUGAGUCUUUUAAAUAGCCUUAAGCAUUCUAAUAUUAAUAAUUUUAAAACUAAUUAUAUUAUUUAUUUAAUUAAAGAUACUGUCUUGCGGUUGCAUAAAAAAGAUAUAACUGUUGCCUUUAUGUGGGUACCCUCACAUAAAGGUAUUACUGGUAACGAAAAAGCAGACAAAGCUGCAUAUGAAGGGAUUAACACUCUUAAUGUCAGAAAUGUGGUACAGGUUCCUAUAACUGAUUAUUAUUAUUAUAUCAAUAACUCGAUAAAAAAUGGACAUAUAUGGACAACAUUAUGGGAAGAAGAUCAAAAAUUUAAAGGAAAAUGCUGGUCAGAAAUUACGGGUUUUGGCAUAAGUGAUGAGUGGAUCGGAUCUAUCAUGUUGGCUGGAUUAUCUGAAAAAUAUAUGCCCAUGAUAAUGGCAAUCGAGCAUUCCGGCAUGAUAAUCACAACCGACGCCAUUAAAGGGAAAUUGAUGGACAUGGAACCGGAAGACAAAAAUAUGAUUGAAAUGGAAGUGGUAGAAGACAAACCAGCAGAAAAUAGUCCACAUACAUCUUCAGUGGGAGAGGUGUCAGACCAUGAUGGAGAGGAUUCAUUCAUUUUAACGAAUGACAUGGAUGAAACCUAUGUACCAGAGGAGGAGUCCAUGACAUCUGAGGAAGAACAGCAACCAGAAACCACAUCAAAGUCACAACGGGUGAGACAAAAACCAGAAAGGUUUGGAUAUAUGUGCACAGAACAGUGUAAUGAAUAUUUUAGUGAUGAACUGACAUUAGAAGAAGCACUAAGGGGACCAGAGAAGGAGCAAUGGGAACAGGCAGUGAAAGAAGAGCUGAAAAGCUUUGGAGACAACAAAGCGUAG